UACUUUUUUAGCCACAACAAAGUACUUCACUUCCGGUGUGUUAGAGAAAUGUUAGACGGUGGAAGCGUUCAACUCCGAGCACACACUCACUCACGCACACACACACUCGGCGUUUGGAGCGAGUUUAUCUGUAGUAUUAAUCAGUCCGGCCGGGAGAUAAAGCGAUCUUCUGCCGUGAGGAAACAAAACCCGACUGUGAUGCCGCUUCGAACACACCCUAAACACAAUGCUCCACGUUACUCACUGUUCACUCGGACCGCCGCAGAGAGAUCAUCUCUGAGGAGGAGGAUCAAGAUCCGUGUAAUGAUCAUGUAACGCACGUGGAUAAUGCGACUACAACAGGAGUACUCCACACGUCUUAAUUCCAUUUGUGUUUACUUCAAGUAUGACUUUAAUCAGAUUAAUCUCAGUAAUAACCUCAGUAAUCUCCGUUUACAUGCUAGAUUCUUAACCAGAGUAUCGUCUUAAUCGGGGUAACGUCGGAUUAUUGUCGUCCGUGUAAACGCACUGACUGUCAACGCAAAUGGAAUUAAGACACGUGGAGUAUUCCUGUUUUAGUCGCAUUAUCCACGUGCGUUAUAGUCAUGUACACACCUUAAUCACACUGUUAAUGCCGUGUGGGAGUUUUCACCGCAUUUUGCAACAGGACACGUACACACACCCACACCCACACACACACACACACACACACACACACACGCGCGGCAGCGCUCAACCGGUUGACGGCAAACAAGAGAACAUGGCUUCAAGCAAGAAGGUACGUUUAACGCGGAGUUUGUGGCGGUGACGGGAAGGAAGCGGUGCUGAAAGGAGGAACGUUGCUGGAGGAUUUGUAUCCGCAGUCGUCCAUCUGCACGCACAGCACGACUAAUGAUGAACCGCACUUGAAGCUUUCGUAAAAUUAACAAUGAAACUGUAACACAGACGGUGACACGACACGUGAGAUUCUGGAGGGGACGGCGUGGCGUGGGGACGUAAUGACGUGGCGACUCGUGUAAACACCUUAAUCAGAAUACUGUCUUCAUCUGUUCAUCUGUUGAUGGAGGACGGUGUUUGUGUUAAACAUUAAACAGGUGCAAUUUGUAGAUCUGGUCUCUGGAGACACACACACACACACACACACACACACACCUUCGCGUUAGUGCCUGAGGGACAGUGAUAGGACUGAAUUUCUGACUCGAUCACGCCGGUUCUCCUGAGGCUGGAACAAAGGAAAGAAGAGGAGGAAGAAGAAGAGGACCGCUUUUCUGUACUUGGGUGUUAUUUUUAGUUCGUCUGUUCCCCUGCCUGCUAACACACUUUCACUCGGCAUGAACGUGGAGUCAGCUCUCGACAGGUGAUUAGAUAAAUAAAUGUAAAUCUCCAGAACACACCACAUUCCUUCAGAUCUACAGCUCCAUCCCACAAACCAUUCACACGGCGUGUUCGAUUCGCUUCCCACAGUGAGUCGAUUCAGAGUCGAUUCACUCUCUCUCACUGGGACGCGGCCCGAUGCCACCCCGGUCUAGACCCGCAUGUGUUCGCUGUGUUCUCACCUGCCUGAAGAACCGCACAGCGGAGGAGAACACACCCCACCGCGCCUGUGAAAGCGGUUAAAACGUUUGGCUUUACUCGAGUGUGUCUCUGGUAGAAGAAAGGAAUCUCAAAAUGGAGGACGGGGAAACUUGAGCUUGUUUAACUGACUGUAAACGGGUUAAUUAGUGUUGGUUCUAGCAGCCUGGCUCAGAGCUCUACGGCUUCAGCACGGAUCAGGAUCAGCGCCCCGAGAGAGGCGGCUUUAACAAACACUAAUUAAUCCGAGAGAGGAAGAUGAAACGAGCUCAGGUUAAAGCGGUUAAGAGUCUGUGGUGAUGAGAGCUGAUGGAUAGACUUGAUUCCACUCCCCCUCUCUCUCUCUGUCUCUCUCUCUCUCUCUCUCUCUCUCUCUCUCUCUCUCUCUCUCUCUCUCUCUGUUCAGUCAGUCUGAUUUUUAAUUAUCUGCAGAACUGGUUUGAAGCCGCUUUGAUGGAGCUUUUUAUUUUGCGGUUGGAUGUUUGUUUGAUGUGCAGCACUAACAGAAGAUGGUUGCAACUAGAACAACGUAAACAUGAGACCUCGCUCAGUGUGAAAGAGGGUUCUUUGUAUCCUGGCAACAACACUAGUGUGGCGACCUGUGAUUGGCCCAGCCUGCGUCGCCAACGGCAACAGACCGGCAACUGUGUUGAAAUGAACUAGUGUGUCUUGGAUAUACUCUUACAACACAAACACUUCCACUUCCUUAUCUCAGACUGAGAGUUUUCUUGUAGUCGAAACAAGUUAUUUCUGCUGUUCACCCCGGAACAGGAAGUGAUGUAAUGAACCGGCACCAGCGAUGCCGUCGUAAACAGUUCAUCCUCUGCCAGUGCCUUCUGUCUCAGAUCUGAGAGAUAGCCACUCCCUCGUUGUUGUUCUCAGCGUUCUGCUUGACUCUACCGCCAUGUUUUAGUUAUUUAAAUACAAACCCAUCCUCACGUUAAUGUACGCCCCACUGCAGCUCCGUGAUCAGAUAUGAAACCUCCGUAGACUGAGGGCACCUCAACCUCGCGUGUGUUUUGGUUGUAAGCACUGUGCAGAGAGAACCGGUCUCACCAUGCCCAGCUUCAACUCCAAAUGGCGUUAUUUGUUCAUGCUGCUCGGCGUGCAGCUCAUCGUCAUGGCCCUCCUGUCCAGAGAGGCUUACCAGAAGAGAGUGUCCUAUUUUUUCAAGAUCUUCCGCAAACUGGAUGUGCUGAGCGGUACGGCCGGGUCGGGGGCGGGUCACGGGUCCAACCACACCGGCGUCGACGUCUACGCCAACCUGUCCCAACUGGUGCUGUUGCCCAAAAAAGAGGACAUGCACUACUGCCCUAAAAGUUCACCACUACUCAGCGGGCCGAUCCACGUCAGCUUCCCCUCAGGACUCACACUCGCUCAGGUGGAGAGGAAGAAUCCACUGGUGGUGCGCGGGGGGCGCUACAGGCCGCCGGACUGCGAGGCCCGACAUCGCACCGCUGUAAUCAUUCCCCACAGGAACAGAGAACAACAUCUGAAGUACCUCCUGUACUACCUCCACCCGUUCCUACAGAGACAACAGCUGAGCUACGGCAUCUACGUCAUCCACCAGGCCGGUAACUACACAUUUAACCGUGCGAAGCUGAUGAACAUCGGGUUCCGUGAGGCGAUGAGAGAGGAAGACUGGGACUGUCUGUUCUUCCAUGAUGUGGAUCUGAUCCCCGAGGACGACCGCAACACGUACACGUGCGACAGGAACCCCAAACACGCCGCCAUUGCCAUGGACAAGUUUGGCUACAAAUUGCCCUAUAAGGCGUAUUUCGGUGGUGUUUCAGCGUUGAGUCCUCUACACUAUCUGAAGAUGAACGGCUUCCCCAACAACUACUGGGGCUGGGGGGGUGAGGACGACGACAUCGGCAUCCGUGUGUCUCUGGCCGGGAUGUCCAUCAGUCGCCCGUCUCUGAGGGUCGGCCGCUACAAGAUGAUCAAGCACAAACUGGACGAGGGCAACGAGGUCAACCCUAAAAGGUUCAGUUUGUUGGCGAAGACGCAGCAGACGUGGAAGUUGGACGGGAUGAACUCGGUGGUGUACGAGCUCUUGUCUCGGGAAUACCUGCCGCUCUACACCAACAUCACCGUCAACGUCGGCACCCUGGACGGCCUGCGACCUCCGACCUCUAAACCCCAGGCCAAAGACAGCGCAGAGAACCGGCCCGGACACUGACACACACUCUGACCACACAUACACACACACACACUCAUAUACACAUACACACAUACAUACACGCGCACACACACACACACACACCUACACACGUACACGGACAAAGAGAGUGCAGGGUUGACGUCUGAGUGGAGUGUGUGGUUUGGGGGCGGAGCCUCUUCAGUGCAUAAAUCAGGUUAUAAACUCUAGUGCCAUCUCUCUCUCUCUCUCUCUCUCUCUCUCUCUCUCUCUCUCUCUCUCUCACAUUCACGCUGGAGGUGUGUUCAGUUGUGGGCACAAACACAGUGACUGUCCUACAUAACCCUCUGCACAUGCACAGGUGUGUGUGUGUGAGAUUGAGAUUCACACCGUUGUUGCCUUAAACACAAAUCUGUACUCCUCCCUCUCUCUCUCUCUCUCUCUCUCUCUCUCUCUCUCUCUCUCUCUCUCUCUCUCCUCGUGGACUUUUGUGGAUUUUUAAUUACUGCCUUAGGAACUUCCUGGUUUCAGAACACCAGCGCCGAGGUCCAGAGGAUCAUGGGUAACGGAUCACGGCACCAGCUGAUUGGUUGGUAAAGACUCGGGGGCGGUCCUGAUGUUACUGCACACUUUUUGUACUUUAAACACACUGUAGGGACUAAAGGACUGUUUUUAUAAAAUUAACACAAUCAGAAACUUCAAUAACAUCAACCGCUGCUCUACAUAUCCGUACGUCAUCCUGUCUGUCUGUCUCUCUGUCUGUCUCGAUUCGCUACCUUUAGCCAUCAUGGCCUUUAUAGAGGAACUUUAACACGGUGAGCCGCGGAGGUUUUUUUCAGCUUAAAGAUUUUUGCGGUGAAGAAAUCGCAACUUUACUCGUCGUAAAACACAUCGGAUCCGUCUCGUCGAAUCGCAGCACGGUGGAAUGUUUAUAGUAAUGUACAUCCUUGUAGUUAACUAUUAGCGUACGCUUCAAAUUGCUAAAACACACAGUUACGAUAUAACGGUUGUUGUGACGUUUGAAGGGGCGUGGCCAAGUGGGAGCUCCAGAAAGCUGAAGGGGUGGGGCAGGAUCUCACUUACGGUGCUUAAAUGGUAUCCUGUGAGCUUCGUUAAACUUCUUUUCACGAUUAAAAAACCCAGCGUAACUCUUCGUUAAAGCUGUAACAACAUGCUGGUUUUUGUGUUUUUUUUCAAGACAUGUUCAUGUGAUCUCCAGAUGAAUAGCUACUUAGAUAAAAGCUACAAAAAAAAAAGAUAUUAAAUAUAACUGGCUGGUUAGAGUUACACAGACUGGUCGUCACUGGUGUACGCAGAGCAAUGUAAACAGCGAACUAGCUUGGGAAUUAGCCAGCUACUAUUGCUCUUUUUUACAUUUUUUUUUAUUUUUAUACCUACUCAACACUAAUUUUAGCCACGCCCACCUGCUCCAUAAACUACGCGAUGUCUGUGUAAAUAAGGUUAGAACGUUACACGUGAAAGUUAUGUAUUAGUUAUGUAAUUAUGAACUGGGCUACAGAUUUGCAAUUGUUAAAACUCUGAUUUAGCGGGGAGGAGAGGGGGCGUGUCUGUGUGCAAGGGGACCGGGUGAUUGGCUGUCGUGAUUUCUGCUAUUUUGGGCUUUUGGGUGUGUGUUGUGGUUAGGGGAAGUCUUCAGGACUCCACAGCGGUGUGAUGGACGCUGCAGUGCCACGACGCGCGUUAUGUUUAGCGUAAUAUAUAUAUUUUAUUUUCGAAUCGAUGUUAGACUAAAUAACGAGGACUUGCGUAACGAUGCUUUGAAAUGUAACGUACGUAGUUUUUUUUUUUCUUUUUCUUUUUCUGUUAUCGAUCUCUUCCAUCUUGAUUCCGAACUUUUUAUGAUGAUUUACGAUAUCGAUCAGAAUGGGCGUGGUGAACAGGAUUAUGGGAAUUCUGUCACUUCAAAGAAACCCUCAGGAACGUAAACGUUUUAAAUUGAUGGCAAACACGUCCGCACGUUAAAAUAAAUGAACGCAGACGUGUUCCCGUCGCGUCGUCCUGAGCGAGUGAUGAUGUCUCCUGCUCUCACGAGCGAUAUCGGAAAUCGUGAUCGGGUCGUGGUGCCGCUGAUUAUCGGCACAUGCCUCCUUACACAUUUUCAUUCGUACGAUACCGAUGUCCGCUUUUCACCUGAUUCGGUUCCUGUAGUCACAUUACACUAGUAUUUUUUAGUAUUAUUUUUUAAAGGCUUGUGACCACUUUUAGUCAUAAAUGAGUUAACGUAAUGGAUGAAGGGGGAUAACUGGAAAACCGGGAACUUUAAAUGUCCAAGUGUCAUUAUUAUUAUUAUUAUUAUUAUUAUUAUUAUUAUCAUUAUUGUUAUAAUGUGCAGGGCUGAGGGCGUCGUCUUGGGUACCGCUGCUAGCGUAGGGGGCGGGUUUAGGGCACGUCGGGUUUAGGUCCGGUGUUAAGACAUUAGUUCAGGUUUCUUUACGUUUUGAGGGCCGACUGAUCGGUUGCGUCUUUAAAUGUUAUCGGAUAUUAAACAUUCUCCAGUUAGCGUAGAAGUGGUUUAAAUGAUGCAGAUAAAGAUUAAGCGGGAGCGUAGUCACGUGGCAUCGCUGCUAGUUUCUCUGUUUCACUCCUUCGGCGCGGAGAACGCCGUUAAUUACACGAUAUAACGUUUCAGCUAUCUUGCUCGCAUAAAAUUUAUUUCUGUUUUUUUUUUUUCCUCUGUCGAGCCGAAGACGUGAACCUAGUGGUGAUGUCAUCGGGUUGAACUUGAACGCUCCGCCCCUUCUCGACGCAGGGAUGCGGUGAGGUUCCACGGCGGUCUCUGUGAUGGUAAUCGUCACGGUUGCUACGGAGACCGCCGUUCGUCCUUGACCCGUUUUGAAACGACGCCGAUCUCAUUUUCAUAUGGCAGUAAUGAGCGUGUUUAUGACGGUUCGACCAUAAUAUCAUGAUCAAAGCAUGUCUCCAUGUGGUGUGAUCAGUAUCGUGAUAUAAUUCUGAUGAUGAUGAUGAUGAUGGACACCGGUGUGGUGUGUGCACAGAGCUCCAGUCUGAUGGAGGUUGUAUCUAAAUGUGCCUACGUGUGUGUGUGUGUGUGUGUGUGUGUGUGUGUGUGUGUGUGAGAGAGAGAGAGAAUUUGGGUGAUUUCGGUGGUAGAGGGACAUGGUGAUUAUUUUUGUAAGAAAUUCUGCACAUGGUUCAUAGUGGCCUUAUAAUAAUGAUUAAUAAAGUAAACAUUUAUCAAACA